CGCUAUUACUCUAUCCGCGCACCUUCGUAUGAGGAGGUCAUCAUGUCUGCGGCAGUCGCGCUACCCCAACAUCGCCUUCUGGAAUCACCCAAUUCUCGGACGAUAGAGAUCGGUCCGUGGACUAUCACCGCUUCCACCAACCCCAUCUCGAACGCAGGGCAAUCCGACGCGUUGCAAGCUGCAAUCGGAGGCAUACCUCUUCCGGAGAUGACGUUCGGAAACAACUCGCUUGAGCUGGAGCACAAAACGAGCGGAUGGAAGUAUGCAUUCACGACGGAGGAGGCGCUCAAAGGUGUGAAGAAUGGCGAGCUUGAAGAUGGCGAUGGAGGGGUCAAAGUUGGCUACGCAGACGCUUGGAUAAAGAGCAGAACAAAUCCGUUGUCCCAGAUCCCGAUGCCCACGACCGUCCCUACAAAGCCCUACGAUUGGACGUACACAACCCUAUAUCCAGGCCACUUAGAGUCGUCUUCAAAAGACAUCAAGUGGAAACCUGCAGAGCGUAACAAUGCCAAGCACACAAUUCCCCUGGCGGAGCUCACUCGUCACGAUCCUAUCUUAUUUUACGCCGAGAUCCCCUUAUACGAGGAUGAGCUUCACGAUAAUGGCGCCUCCCAUCUACUUGUCCGCAUCCGUGUAAUGCCUACGUGCAUAUUCAUUCUACAGCGAUUCACAUUGCGAGUUGAUAACGUCCUGUUCCGCACAUACGACACUCGCAUAUAUCACUCAUUCGCGUCCUCUCCGUCUCUUGUGGUUCGCGAAACAAGCGGUUGGGAGGCACCCUACGAGAGGGUCAAAGUACGGUUACCCAGGCGAGACGAUCUAACGCCGUUGACGGAUCCCAUGUGGAUAGCGAAGAUUCUGUCAGAGAUGCCCUCUGAGAUUUCGCGGGAAGUUGGCGCUGGAACGAAGUGGAGAGGUCUUGGAACGAAGAUUGAAGUCGCAACGUUGGAAUAGUCGAGUCGUUUCGACAUAGGGGUCUAGUGUCUGGCUGUGAUGCGUGCGCAGAAGACCAACGUUCUGUAGCUUUAAGCGAUCCUGUAUAACAGCUCCUCCUUGGUAUGACAUACCGCGCAAGUGG